AUGUCAUUCUCCAUUACGUUAAGUUAUACAGGUACAACCAUUCUUUAUCCCCUAAAGCUCUCUUUCAAUUUCGCUUUCAAUCUGAUUCUCCAUAAUGGCCAUUACCCAAGUAGUAGGCACUAUACAGGCAACCAUUUCAGUCCCGUGGGAAACCCUUCUGCAGGCCUUGCAGAGGGUGACAACACGACGGUUCUGGUGAUCAUCGGCAGCAUUCUGAUCGGGCUCCUCUUGGUACUGCUUGUGGUCCUCCUCCGUAGGAACAGCUUGAAGGAGGAGCAGCGAGAUGCGCGCACACGGCGCAGUCAUGUUACGGAUUCUCGCGACGCUCCACAUGCCUACGGCCAGCAACUCUACCAGCGAUCGGUGCCAGCGUCCUCUGCGGCAUCCACAGCGCCAGCGCCACCGGCGCCGCAGGCGCCGCCGCCCCGACCACCACCCUGCGCAGCACGACGCGCCUUCGACGCCAUCGAUACUGAUCACAGCGGUUUCAUUACACGCUCGGAGCUUGCGCCCUAUCUCAGGAACUUGCCUCCAGACACCGCGGAGGCUGUCUAUAGAAGCCUUGAUGGAGACAGGGAUGACAGGAUAUCCUUUGAGGAGUUUGCCAAGUACUUCUUCCCUGUCUCUCUGCCGUUUCAAGACCAAACUGAGACCGAGCCUGAGCAUGAGAAGCCAGUCUUGGGCAUUUGUGCCAACUACCUCCUGACCGUCUUUCCAGAACUGGCCCAGGUGACUACAAAACUCGACAAUCCGAAUUUCUAUGAGAUGUCGGCCGUGCUUGCUGCUGGACCCACUGGCCUGGGAUAUGGAAAAACCUGCCCGCGGGAUGGUAAGCCUGGAUGCAGCAUCGUGGACGCCGUCGAGCCGCGUCACAGGGGUCAAGUCACUCACUUCUUGUCGUGGUGCUGGGCCUACAAGUUGAAAGACUUUGUGAGUGCAAUCGGAACCUGGGCCAAGAAGCAGGGCCUUGUGGCUGGCGAUGUCUUCAUUUGGAUUUGCUUUUUUUGUAACAACCAAUAUCGGAUACUGGAGUCGGCUACGCAGACGGGGUCGGACGAGCUCAAGACCAUUUUCGAGAGUCAUCUGUCCAAAGCCGGGAGGAUGCUCAUCAUGCUGGACAGUUUUGAAUCGCCAGCGUAUGUUACCAGGGCUUGGUGUAUAUUUGAAACUUAUGUCUGCUUUUUCAACAAGUUCCCAAUGACGAUCAUUCUCCCCGAACGUGCAGAAGAUGUGUUCCGGCAGAGGAUGGAGGCCGGGGGCCUUCGUGGACUGCGUGAUGAAUUUGGAGCUCUGGACGUCCGAUCCGCGAGAGCUUCCAGCGAGGCCGAUCAACGCAUGAUCCGUGACUUGAUCCUACGAACCACAGGCUAUGACGUAGUGAAUGAGGCCGUUAAGCAGUGCCUGCUGGAUCAGCUCACCUACCU